GUUGGUCAGAGCAUUCAACCCUGUUCUCCGGCCAUAGAGUUGCCAUGUGCUUCCAGAUACCAUUAUAAAAGACAAGCUCUCACAGACGGUUUUUCUGUUUCCAGUACUCCUUGCAAACAAAUCGUUAACUGGACAUCAUACAACACGAACUUGACGGCUCAAAUUAAUUUGCUCUAUUCUAGUGUCGUUGCGUCUGUCGCAAUCAUAACCUCUUGAGAAGCCUCAUCACCCGGCCGUAUCAUACCACUUCAGGUGGGCCAUGGCAAUCAUGAACAACCAGCAGGAGUCCGGAACCGGCAAUCAAUGUUUCGAAUCGACUAAAUCCCAAUGUCCAGUUCUCGACGAGAUCAGCAGGUUUCACGAGACUCUGGAGACAGAACGGGUACACAGGGUGUUGGCCAAAUGGCGCAAGAGAAAGCGCGACGAGGAAGUCAGCACCGGCACGGCAAUCCUGGAGAAGAUCUUGCGAACACUCCAAGAUGAGUUUGAGAGCCGCAAGGAGCGAGCAGAGCUCUGGGAUCGGGCCCUGAUUGCCGAGAUCAAGACGGACCGGGCGAGGCUGGAACUGGACAGUCAUACCGCCGCAUCUACCCUGACUUCAGAGAAGCAAACGCAGGUUGUGCAGGCUGUCGCGUCGGUCUUGAACAUUGGGAUAUCAGGCGAGGAGUUGGAAAAGAUGCUGUCAAAGACCGCAGCUUCGGACGCCUCGGCCGCGCGGGAGCCCACCAAAUCCAUGCGGCCGCCGACACCACCAGCUGAUCAGCACAGUCCCGUCAUGCCUCACAACCCGAGAGCACUGAGUGCUGAUACCCACAUCAGGGAGCCUAGCCCCAGAAGGCCGCCAGUUCUCCCUCACAUGUCGAGCCCGCCUUCGAGAUCGCAAACUGGGCCCCGCCUAUCGAGUCUGCCUCCAAGAUCGCUCGUUGCACCUCGAAUACUAAGCCCGCCUUCACGGCCUGCCAGCCGGGCGGCAAGUAGUGGCGACUACACAACAUCCUCGCAAGUCCUCGGGCUUCAGGCAUCGGGUGGUAAGACGAGGUCACCAACCCGGAUAGAGACGGCCGACCCCUACGCUCCAACGCAGCCAAACAAGAGGCAGAGAACAGAGGGCCCAUCGGCGCUGAAGACAAGCUCUCCCGAGAAGAGACCUACCCGUCCGGUUCGCAACAUUCGUGUUUCGGACUAAAAGAUGUCGAUUCUGGUCGCCUUUUUUCUCUUGUCUGGGUGCUCUUGUUUGUGAAAAGUUAUCUGAGGGGUGGAUACCCGCUGGUAUUCGGAGGCCUGCCAAUCUCGUUCUGGGGCCAGGCAGUUAGCUGUACGGUCGUUGGGGGACGAGCACAAUGUCGGCCACCGGUUCAGACGUGUGAGCGAGAUCGGAAUAUGCGCAGGAAGCCGAGACAGGCGCUCCUUGGGGAUGGCUGCCUCGAAUGCGUUCUGCGCCAAUGAUCCAUAUCGUGCUUCACCCUCUGACAUCUGCAAGGGCACGGGAAUCCUGCCGAAGGUGAUGUGCAGACGUACAGGAAAGAGGGUGGAGUGAACCUUGGCACAGCACCUCGAAGGGCCUAUUUGUCUACUGGGUCGGUAUGCAUGGAAGAUCAUAUGCGAACCAUUGGAGACGGACCUCUGGGCUCUCAACGGCGGCUGCCCCGGCAGCUGUGAUUUCUUGCCUGUUGUGCUCUGAACUGCUACAUCGUCUUCCAGUGCGUCACAUCCACCAUGGUGAUGACUCGCUCAUGGAGGGCAGUGUUUGAGGUGUUGGGAUGCUACCGAUGCUACCCGCGAAAGGUAUCAACGGCUGGUGACGAGGCGAUGCUGGCGCUUAGGAUAGUUGACAUCAGGUCAUCAACAUGUGCCAUGUCUCAUACGUUGCCGCAUUCAGCUGCUCUGCCUGGCUGCUUCCUGGCAUGGAGCUGUGAUUGGAUCGGGUGGCUUGUCCUAGUGCCGGUACUUAGUCGUGGUAUGGAUGGACCGAUCUGACCAGAUCUGUGUAGGUAUGCACCUCCAGGUGUAUUCAGGGCCGCUGGGGUCCUGCAUUUGUGGCCUGGAUGUUUCAGAGAAUAGAUGUGAUUUGCUGUAAAAUCGUCUGGGUCUUGGCCACAUCGACACGGUGGGCAACUGCCAUCAUCCUUGCCCAUCCCCCCUCGAUGCGAGACUUUCGUGUCGACGUGGAAAAGAGAAAAACCGAACAAUAUGACCAGGUCCAAGGUAAUUGAAGGGCCUUAUAGAGGACAGGGCCGCUGACAGUGCCUCCAAGAGAUCUGGUCAUGCGAGUCCUCAUCACCUUGAUCAACCCGACUUCAGAACAGCACCCAGCGCAUCCACCAAAGACUGCCGCAAAGAGGCAGCACAACCCAUAUUGUGAAGAUGCAAUGGACAGUACUGACUGUCGUCCCGCUUGCCAGUCUGAUCCUCACUGCUACACUCGCGCCACUUGGCUGGAUGAUACAAAGAUACUGGACCUGCAAAGGUGAGCCGUGUCUUUGAUUGCCUAUUGGUGCCAGAUCCUAAUUCGGCGCUUCCAGACAAUCGCACGCGGUGUGAUCCUGACGAGAUUGAGCUGAUACACGGCUUUGAGAUAAUUCAGAGGAGGCGUCGACCAAACUAUGGCAGAGGAUGGCCAGUUUGAGGCUUCAUCAGUGUCAUCCGGCACUCAACCCCGCAAUUCGCAGCAUGACGGCGCAAAUUUUCAAAAAUACCGGCGAGGUUGAAGUUACUGAGAGAGAUGCCGGCUCGAGACUGAGUGAUUCAAGGGUGACAUGCGGCAUGGACGUUGCUUCCACGCGGCUUUGUUGAGCUGAUGUUUUCGAGAAUCUGCAUUUUGAUUGAGGGUCGAGUCCUGUCUGUUUUCCCAUUAGAUCAGAACUGAUAGAACAAGACGGAGAGAGACCGCAAGGUCAACAAGAGGCCACCAGGGUGUCUGUCCCCCUCGUCCGAGGCGAGGAGCAGUCGAGGAGGUCAAGGAGUCAGAUUAUCCAUAUUCUUUCUUACACGUUGCAAUCUGAUUUCAGUAAACCUGUUUUUUCAGGGGUCCUCGAGGAUGUCUCUCGACGACGCCAUCCUUUUUGGAGACAGCCAAGUUGGGAAGCCAGUGAGACUUGGUUUCGAUAUAUUGCUCCUUGUUGGGCUUCCACCAGUCUGUCCCAUCGUCGAGGGUGCCGCUGAGAACAGAAACGAUAGCAUCCACGACAGGUGUGGUGAUAUGGGUCGGGCUGCCGCAGUCACCGCAGAAAUGCCUAUACAAAGGCUGACCGGAGUCUGUAUCUGUGUCCUGAAACGUCUUUGGUAUACCCGAGGUUAGGGUAAAGUGCUGUUUUGGGAAGAUGCUUGAAUUGACCAUGUGUGUGCCACUUGAUUUCUUGCAGUUUAAGCAGUGGCACAUGACAUUGUAGAUGGACUCGUCCACAUCAACUCUGUACCUGAUCCUGCCGCACAGGCAGCCUCCUUCCAAUGCGUUCUUCUCAGGCAUGGUCGAGUAGGUACUUAUUUGGGGAAUCGACGGGCAAGGUGAUACCAGGAGAGGAGAAGGUUUAGCUGUAGACUAAAGUGUGUACUUAAUCAAGUAGUAUGUACG